AUGACUUGGAGAAAAGCUGCGAAUGCAGCAGUGGCUGACGCUGAUGUCCAUGCGCACGGUGAUGUUCAGCGCAAGUGUAUGAGCUGGCAGGAUGCUGUCAAGGCCGGAACGCAACGAGCAGCAACAACAGCACCUUCCUCCUCGAGGAGAAGAGUGAUUGUAAAUGACCCUCGAGAGCUGUUGAUGAGCUGGCAAGAGGCCGUGCGGACUGGACCCAGCAGAGAACCACGUUCAGCUCCAUGGUCCAGGAGUGGCAGUUUCAGCAAUCUGUUGAAGCCAUCGUCUUUGCGUGUGCAUGGAAGAAGCAAAACGUCGGGUUGA